UUCUCCCUAUAUAAAUACCAGUCGUGGUAGCAUUUCUAGCUGACCAGAACCGAAUUGAGACUUCAAGUUAGUGUUCUGCUCUUCCACCAACCCCCAAACCAGAAGCUUUCCAUUUACUUGUAUCAAUGGCUCCAGUAACAGCAGAAGCAUGUUCUGAUUCGAUAAAGCCUAGAGAUGUUUACAUUGUUGGUGUUGCACGAACACCAAUGGGUGCCUUUCUUGGUGCACUUUCAUCUUUACCUGCCACCAAGCUUGGGUCGAUAGCUAUUGAGGCUGCUCUUAAAAGGGCCAAUGUUGAUCCAUCACUUGUGGAAGAAGUUUUCUUCGGAAAUGUUCUCAGUGCAAAUCUGGGGCAGGCUCCUGCUAGACAAGCUGCAUUAGGUGCAGGAAUACCUAAUUCAGUGAUCUGUACCACUGUUAACAAAGUCUGUGCAUCAGGGUUGAAAGCGACUAUGCUCGCAGCACAAAGCAUCCAGUUGGGCAUUAAUGAUGUUGUUGUGGCUGGUGGCAUGGAAAGCAUGUCUAAUGUGCCCAAGUAUCUUGCAGAAGCGAGGAAGGGAUCUCGACUUGGACAUGAUACUCUUGUUGAUGGAAUGCUGAAAGAUGGUCUGUGGGAUGUCUAUAAUGAUUAUGGCAUGGGAGUGUGCGCUGAAUUAUGUGCUGAUCAGCAUGCAGUAACAAGGGAGGACCAGGAUAACUUUGCUGUUCAGAGCUUCGAGCGUGGUAUUGCUGCCCAAGGCCAUGAUGCCUUUUCAUGGGAAAUUGUUCCAGUUGAAGUUUCUGGAGGAAGGGGAAGACCAUCAACAAUUGUUGAUAAAGAUGAAGGUCUAGGAAAGUUUGAUGCUGCCAAAUUACGGAAGCUUCGACCAAGUUUUAAGGAGAGUGGAGGUUCUGUUACUGCUGGCAAUGCUUCCAGUAUAAGUGAUGGUGCUGCAGCAUUAGUUUUGGUGAGUGGAGAAAAGGUAUUGAAGCUUGGGCUACAAGUGAUAGCAAAGAUCAGUGGAUACGCUGAUGCUGCUCAGGCACCAGAAUUAUUUACAACUGCUCCUGCUCUUGCGAUUCCAAAAGCUAUUUCAAAUGCUGGCUUGGAAGCUUCUCAAAUUGACUUUUACGAAAUCAAUGAAGCCUUUGCUGUUGUGGCUCUUGCAAAUCAGAAACUGCUUGGACUUAACCCAGAAAAAGUUAAUGUGCAUGGUGGAGCUGUAGCAUUGGGACAUCCUCUAGGUUGCAGUGGAGCUCGUAUCCUGGUCACCCUUUUAGGGGUACUGAAGCAGAAGAGUGGGAAAUAUGGUGCUGCCGGUAUUUGCAAUGGUGGAGGUGGUGCAUCUGCCCUUGUUUUAGAGCUGUUGUAAGUGAGUUUCAUUUCGAUAACUGGUCAGACGCCGAGGUUGGACCUUCUCGUGUGAGAUGAAACUGCCACUACCAGAAAGUCCCUGUUGUGCAGUUUUUUCUCCAUUUCUUUGUAUUUGAUUUGCUUCCCAAUAAAUUACAAGUGUACUUAUAGAUUUUAUAAGAAAUAUAUUUCCAACUGUUCACAGUCU